AUGAGCACAUCCCCUUCUCCCUCCCCCCAAGUGCAUCUGCAUGAAGCGCCAACAACCAACAACGAGAACAAGUCCGUGAGUGCGAGCGGCGGUGACGCGCCAGCGGCGGACGCGGUCCGUGCGCAGGAGCCAGAUGGCCCCGCCGCUCCUUCGACCUCUUCUGCCGUCGCCGGCGACAAAACGGGCGACGCUACAGGCGCAGGAACGACAGGUCCUUCCGGCGGUCUGGACAAGCCUGCUGCAGCGCCCGACAAUGCUGUGAAGGAAGAUGCGAAAGUGACCGCCGCUGGGCCCGAGCCGAGUUUGCGGGGACACACCCCCGUGGCCAAGACCUCCGACGACAAAGCAAAGGGCGACGGGUCGCCCUCCAUCCCAGCGACGCAUGGACCUCGCAUCCCCACCCCUUCUUCUCGGACAUCGACACCUCCCCUGCAUGCUACGGCCGCUGGUAAGAAGAAAUUCAGCUCCGUCAGUGUCACAAAGGAGUUCCUGAGCAAGGCGGCCAGCCCAGCACCGGCUGCGGCUAAGCUAGUGCGCCCGGUGGCCGCAGCUGCCCCUCCAACAACCCAUUCCAAGCUACUCUCGACCAAACUCACCACUGUUCCAUCAUCCAAGCAAAGCACGUCACCCAAGCCACCAGCCACAUCUACCAGUUCCGCGACGUCUUCACCGUGGGCUAAGCCUGCUGUCUCAUUGCCCGAGGGCAAUGCGCAACUGCAGCACCCGAUGCCGACUCGCGGAGGCAAUGUGCCCAACGUGGCCAUGGGAUCGGGGCAGGGGAUUGGAAGCGCUGCAAGACGCGCCUGGGGUAAUGUGUCCUCAGGCAAGAAGAUGGGCAAGCGGGCGGCAAUGUUAAGCGCCCAGGCUGUUGCGCAGGCUGAGGCCGCCCACAACCAGGCCAUUUUGCAGGGAUUGAACGAAUUCACCCAUCUUGAGCCCAAUACUCACCGCUGGGACGAAGAAGAGGACGACGACGACCCCAUUGACUUUGGUGACGGGCGCACCUUCCCGCACGACCCCGAGGACGAUCCAGUGUCAAAGCAGGAUCGCUUCGCAGAUGACUUUGACCGCAGCUGGCCUCGGAGCUCCACUUCCCCUCAGCGCCCGGGAAAGAUCGACUCCAGUCGUGUCCUGUUCAAUGCUUCGUCAAACAGGCUGGAGCCUCAUGCCGGUCGCCAACCUCCUCAGUCGCAGCAGGGACCGCCUGCGAGGAUAAUGUCGCGUGAUGGACCCCAUCACGGCGAACGGCCGUUACCGCCUCACCUCGCCGAUUCCGGAGGCGCUCAGUCGGGACGCAUGCUCCCCCCUCACAUGGCAUCCCAAGGUGCUCAUCAGGCUCACGCCAGCGCCGGCCCGCCGCCUACCCGAUCGUCAUGGCGCACUGAGCGCGAACCUCCUCACCACCAACAACAGCAGACGAUGCCUCCUCAGCGUGGAAGCGGCCUGUCGCCCCUGGCCCAGCGGGCGCCUCUGCCGCGGUCACAACCACCUCACGCAGCUCCGCCGCCAGCCGCAUCUGGCCCUGGACAUGCGCCACCCCCAGCGCCCGCCCCAGCAACGGCUGUUCCGAUGCCCGUGGAGCCAGUUUCUGGCGAGACCCAGGCCGCAGAAAUGCACUCGGCUGCGGAGAAGGCGCGCAUGCGCAGACAGCAGGAGGAGGCGGAACGCGAAGCUGCGGCAGAGCGGGCUCGCAAGAAGGCGCAGGAGCUUGCCGAACGGUUCGGCAGCAAGCCGUCAACAGCGUCCAAGCCGUCUGCGCCGAGUCAGCCUACCCAGGCCGCGCCUCCCCCGGGACUAUCCGGGAAGCCGGCGCCUCCGCCCGGUCUUGGCCAUGCGGGAGGUGCUCCUGUGACUAUUGCGUCUCGCCCGCAAGGUGGAGACCCGGGCCUUUCUCCGGCUGCUCAAGGCGUGCAUCUGCCGACGGUCAACGAAGCUCACCCAGCCGACCGGGCCACCUCUUGGCGCCGUGUUGGACCCGUGGUUUCGCCUCCGCAAAUGGACGACGUCCGAGGAAAGAACCGACGACGCAGCUCCGAUCACCACCAGCAGCGACCGGACAUCUCGCGCGACUCUCGUCGUGGUUCUGCGCGCGAUGUGCCCUCGGCGAACCAACGAGCUCCUCGCGAUGCGCCGCCGCACGUCGGUGACCACCUCCCUCCAUCCAUUGGCUCCAUGCCUCACAAGCCGAAAUCUCCUGCGCCGGAACCCGAGAUUGCGGCGCCCACCCCUCACUCGUCGAAGAAGGAAGCCAACUUUGAUGCCAUGCUGGCGCGUCUGCAGGCAGCCAUGCAGCAGACUCGCCUGUCGCCCGUUGUUGGCGAGGAGAAGGAUGAGCACGAGCAGCAUCUUGCCGCCCGGGAGGCAGCCCUGAAGGAGCUGCAGGAGUCGGCGACCCAUGAGCCGCCAGCAGAGAAGAAGCAGCCUCAGCUUGUACCGCGGCCAGUUACCUACCCUCACUUACCGCCGGACUACUUUGACGCAACGCAGACCGGCUUACCGCGCUCGCCGCCUCCAGCCUGGAGGCAAUACACUGUGAAGAUUCCGAAGCCUGCGCGAGCCACGUUGGGUUCCAUUCCCCGCUGGCGCCUCAAGGGCUUUGACUCGUUCCCUUACGUCCCCAAGGGCUUCUUGCAGACGUACGAUCCUCCCAUUGCGUACUUGCCUGCGUUCUCUCUGGUUUCGGACGUCCUGCUGCCGCAGCCGAUCGGACGAAGAUUCGCUCGUCACGUGCCGACUGGUCCCAUCGUCAGCAUCUCUCCUCGUACUCUGCAGCCAUUCGAGAAGAAGCAGAAGCGGCGCGCCACGUUGGAGGCCCGUCCGGCCGAGAUCAGCAAGCCCGCGCCCACCGCCGAGGCCGUUCAGAAUGAGGCGUCGAUGAUGGCCACGACCGACAAUGUCCUCAAGUCAAUGAAGGACAAGGAGCAGCUUUUCAUGGACAAGCCUCCCUCCCAAUCUGGUGUGCGGUUCAUGGUCUCCAGUGAGCACGAGGGCGACAGCCUUCUCGAUGAGGUCAACAAGAUGAGCCUCGAGCACAUUGGCGAAUUGGAGGACAAGUCGGCCAAGCCAGACAUGGCCCAGCGCCGCCCCAACACACCGCCGAAGGCUACUGCUCAGCCGUCGACGUCGCCGAGUAAGGUUGCUCCGGGACCGUGGGCCAAAGGAGCCCUGUCCUACAACCUUGCCUCACCGGCGAGGGUCGCUCCCCCUCACGAGCACCUCAAGAGCGUCUGGGAGUCGGCAGCGGACUCCAAGCCCAAGACGACCCCCUCUACCCAGCCCCAGAGUUCGGUGCCGAGUCAGCCGGACACACCGCUGUACCCGUCCCUCACCGCCCCCUCGACGGCAUCCGAGUCAUCUCUCAAGCCGGGCGGCUACGGCCAGUCGAGCUCGUCUGCCUUCGGCAUGCGUUCGGGCGUCGGUGGCAGCUUCCAGUACCCGACCAUGAGCUCGGGUGCCACGAGCCCCGCCGACGGCGGCAGUGGCAUGGGCAUGCAGUACGGCCUGAUGGGCCGCAAUGGCGGUGCCAGCGCGUCGCCCGCCGGCGCCAACGGUUUCCAGCAGGGUCUGUGGGCUCCUUCGUUCGGCAGCCCCAUGACCUCUGCAGGAUACGGCUUUAACUCCGCCUCCGCGACACCAGGCAAAAACGCGCUGCACGACAACAAGUCACCCCAGAUGCAGUUUGCCGGCAACAACGGCGCCGGCAAGGACUUCAGCGGCGACUACCGCUACUCGAACCAGCAGGGCAGCUACCAGUACCCACAGCAGUUCCGACAGCAGCAGAACAUGUACGGCCAUGUCGGGUACGGGGGGCACGCGCACGGUGGACACGGGUUCGGACAGCAGAUGGCGAACCGCGGCUCGCACGGGCAGCACGCCCAGCACGGCCCGCACGGGCAGCAGCACGCCGGCGGGCGUUUCCCGAACCACAGCCACAUGGGCCAGGGCGUCAUGAACGGCGUCUCGGGGGUCGACUACCAGAUGGCCUACGACCCGAGCUACUACCAGGGGCAGUACGGGUACGGAGCGGGCGUCGGGGGUGUCGGGGGUGUCGGGGGCGGAGUGGGAGGCGUAGGCGGCCUGCAGCAGCAGCAGCGCGGCGGCGCCAACGGGCGUAAGCUGUGGUAA